AGGCCAUUUCGAAAUUAAAAGAGAAAUUUAAACAUUUAACCACAAUAAAUCUGUGACAGGAAGACUUGAAUGUAUAGGUUUAUUUGUAGAUAUUCCAGUAUACAUAUAAUUAUGUGCUUAUUUAUUUCAUAGGUUUUUUUUAUAUUAUUGUCAGUAACUGCUUUAUCCUUGUCAGGGGUGCAGUAGAUCCAAAGCCUAGCCCAGACGCACUGGGCACAAAGCAGGGAUACACCCUGAAGGGGUGAUAGUCCAUUGCAGGACGUCAUACACACACCUAUAUUCACAUGCUCAUUAACAAUUAGAGGCAAAUUAGAGCACACAGUCCACCUCCUUGCAUGGUUUUGGGAGGUGAGAGGAAACCAGAGAACCCAGAGAAAAUUCAAAUGGACAUGGGAAGAGAAUGUGACGCUACACAAGGCCAGUAUCCCAAGUUCGGGACUGAAAGAAGGACCCUGGAGCUAUAAGGUGGCAAUGCUACCCGCUGCACCACCGUGCCACCCUUUAUUUCAUAGUGCUUGAUAGUAUUAUAUAAUCAUUUUGGUGCUAAUGGAGGGAUGCUCUGGCUACCUCAAUGAAUUGCAACAGAAGUUUGACUGAUGAAAUAGUACACCAUGAAAUAAUACAUCAUGUAAUAGUAGUCCAUUUCCCAUCUGAAAAAUCCAGCUUUGUCUGAUAAGCUAAGCACAGGGUGUGCUGGUCAAGCUGGCCAUCUUUUCCAGCUGGUAAGUUAUUUUCCAGCUUCCUUAUCAUUUCACUUAUUGGCUGACGAUGUAGUAUAAGUAAUAAUACUUGUCUCUGAUGAAGUGUAAGUAAUAAUACUGCCAAAACAGUAUUCAGAAAUGAUUGCCUUUCUACCAGCACUUGCCAAAGAUGGUUGAGCAGUUUGACAGACUCGACCUGUGUUUCAGACUUUGGAUUAGAAUAAAAGUAAUUAAAAGUCUGCCUUUCAACAAAACUUCCAAGGCAAGCAAAUUAUUUUAUUUGUCUAUUUAUGUCUAUUUUAUGCAUAUUUGUAUGCUCCAUGGUAAGUAAAGCCACCUAAUGCUUUUGUUUCUGUACAUUUUAUGAGAACAGGCUUUAUUUUGAGAAGGGAGAGCUGAAAGAUUUUCCUCUUUCCGCCAGAAGGGGGCAGUAGUGUUGUGGGUCAUACGGAACAAACCCGCCAUUACAACGAAGAAGAAGAAAAUGUUGUUGCGCCUUGUUAGCUUUUCGCUGUAGAAAAGGUGUCGCUAAUAACAUAAAUCAGAAACCAAUUUUUUGUGGAAUCGGUCAUUUUGACUGUAUAUAUUGGAUUUAACGAAGGAAACGACUACAGCUUUGGAUUGUGAAGCGUUCAGUGAGUAAGCCAGCUAACGUCGUUGGCGAGGUAAUAGCCAGUUAGCUACCAAGGCUUUAUAUUAAGCGGAUUCCUUAUAAUUAAUCUAUAAGGUUAGCCAGCCAGCUGUUGUUUUAGCUUCUCUUUUACUCCGGUGUAAGGUUUAUUAUGAAAGACGGCAGACGGUUUCUGCUGGGAGAUAUUCAAAAACUUUAUUCCGGAUUGCAUCCUCGGGGAUAAAUAAUGUUCAUGAACUCGGCGAAGGACAGCUUUAAAGGUUUAUUUUUCAUUAUUGAACUUGAAAUGUGCUCAAGCCCUAUCUAUGUAAAGUAACAGGUCAUGGAGCAUAUUGUGAACCAAUAGUCUAAUAGUGAGCCUGUUUGUUAUAGUGUACUUUAGUGUCCAAUCCCGAUACCUGUUCACAUUUAUCCAGAAUGAAUCCAAAUAAUGUCUUUGGUAGACAGCAAGGUGCUUUCCAGACACCAAGUAAUGCCAGUCAGAGUAGUAGCCUGUUCCAGUCACUUUGUCAGCAGAGUACAAGCAGCACGACACCUAACAUUGGCUUUGGGCAGAAGUCAUCAUUUGGCCAGCCUUCGGCUUUUAGUCAACCAUCAGUUUUUGCUCAGGGGUCUGCACAAACAUCUGUUUUUGGCCAAACGUCAUCAUUUGGUCAGUCACCCUCUUUCGGCCAAGGUGGUGGGUUAGGACAGUCCUCUUUCUCCACCACUUCUCAAGCACCAACUUUUGGACAACCAGCUUUGGGACAGGCAACACUUGGAUUUGGAGCACCUCCACCUUCUACCGGACAGAGUCAGACUCCUGCAUUUGGUCAAGUGCAAGCAUUUGGCCAGACCUCUGGAUUUGGUCAAACUACUGGAUUUGGACAAACCACAUCUGGAUUUGGCAUUUCCUCCAGUAACUCGCAACUGCCUAAUAAUUCCAUCAGCACUGGAGGAUCUCAGCCUAACUUUGUUCAGCCAUCUUUUGGUCAGCCAUCGGCCUUUGCUGCUACAAGCUCUGCUGUUAGUGGCCCAAGCAAUACACAGACUAUUGCCUUUGGGACAAAAUUUAGCUUUAAGCCUCCAAAUGAAACUGUCUUCAAACCUAUUUUCAGUGUGAGUCCAGUACCUCCCAGUGUCCAGCCUGUUCCAGUGUCUGAGCCUUUUGUUUCAUCUAAGCCAGUUGCAGGUGGUUCAGAUAGCAGCAGUCCUGGUAGCGCUGGUGCCUUGCUUUUCACAAGUGUAAAACCAAGCACUCUGGGUUUCAGUUUCUCCCAACCUGGGGCAGUCCCUUCAGCAUCGGUUACAAGUGCUAGCAUGUCUCAGACUGCAGGGGGAAUGAUUGGUGGAAACACUCUCCAGUUCACAUUCUCUCAACCUGCCAAUCCCUCCAGCAACAGCAGCAUCGCCACUGCUGCUCAAUCUACCAGCAUUUCCAGCAAUCCUUCUGCAUUUAGCUUCUCUGCAAAAGUUAUUCAGCCCCAGACAGCUUUUGGCCAACCUUCAUUUGCAUUUAGUGGUUCAAAAUCUGAAGAGAGCCCAGAAGUGAAAAAUGAGGAGAGCUCAGGAGAGGCAGCUUUUGGAAGUCUCGGGAAGGGCAUGAAACGGAAAGAAGAGCCCAGUGUCCCAAAUGCUAGUCUAGGAAAAAGUUCCAAAGUUGAGGAAGCACAAGGUGAAUCUCUAGGCCCUAGACAUCCAUCCAAGCGGCCCCUUAUUAGGAGUCGAGGAGCUACAGGCGGACUGUUUAUAAAUGCAUUGAGUGGCCUAAUGAAGGCAUCAGUCAACACCACUAAGAAAGAAGAGCGAACCAAUGACAGGGCUCCUGGGGAGAGACCAGACCCCCAAAUUCCAGAUGUGGAUGCUCCACUUACCCCACCUAGACCUCAGGCUCCUAUAAGACAUGUUCUGGAAAAAGAAGAGAACCCUGUUUCUGAACCUGAAGUAGAGACAGGUAUCCCAUCUCGAAGAGCUGGACGUGGGGAGAGCACUGAUAGCCUGGCUAGUCUUUCUCCCUCUGAACUCACUGCCAUACAAUGCAAGGGAAUCCCACCCAACCUCAACCGGAAAGACCUAGUCAAAAAACAUUUUGGAUACUUUGGGAAAGUGUACAGAGUGUACUGCAGACCUGAAAAGAAUCUUGCUAUUGUACAUUUCCAUGAUAAUGCAUCUGCAGCAAAGGCAAAAAAGAAGGGGAAGAAUUUCCAAGGGAAUGAAAUCCAUAUAUUUUGGCAAAGAAAGAAACAAAGCUCAGGCACAAAAAGAGAGAAAUCUUCAGAAGUCAAGGAUGCAGUUAGUGCAGAAGAGGAGUCAAGGCCAGAGGGCUCUCAGCUCACCCCACUGCGAAAACCACUGCCCAGAUCUCCUGCUGUCAGCACCUCACUUGUUAAGGGAUCUCCUGCCAAGAAGUCCUCUGUAGCUAAAAUCCUCCAGUUUGACAGUGACCCUCAACAGGAUGUGAGUUCAGAGGGACAGAGUGUAGAUCGACCAGUGAUCAUCAUGCCGCCAUCCCUUCAGCCUCUGAUUGGUCAAAUAGCUGAAACAGCAGAGGAAAAGUACCGCCUUCUUGAGCAGAGAGACAAGAUUCUUCGCCAGUUGAGACCAAAGAGAACUGACUUGGACAUGUCCAAAGUGUUUGUGGGCACGUGUCCGGAUAUGUGCCCAGAGAAGGAGCGCUACAUGAGAGAAACUCGCAACCAGCUCAGCAUUUUCGAGCUUGUUCCAGAUACAGAAAAGGUUGACCACUGUGCUGCCAUUAAAGAAUACAGCAGGUCCUCGGCUGACCAGGAGGAGCCUCUCCCUCAUGAGCUACGGCCUCUUCCAGUGCUGAGCAUGACAAUGGACUACUUGGUCACUCAGAUAAUGGACCAGGGUGAGGGUAACUACCGAGACUGGUACGACUUUGUUUGGAACAGAACCAGAGGAAUUCGCAAGGAUAUUACACAGCAGCAUCUCUGUGACCCGGUGACUGUGUCUUUAAUAGAGAAAUGCACUCGCUUCCACAUCCACUGUGCCCACCAUCUGUGCCAGGAGCCUAUGAUGUCCUUUGAUGCCAAGAUUAAUAAUGAGAACAUGACCAAGUGCCUCCAGAGCCUGAAAGAGAUGUAUCAGGACCUGGCCACCAAGGAUGUGUACUGCCCCAAUGAGGCAGAGUUCCGCCAGUACAGCGUUCUGCUCAAACUCAACGAUGGUGAUAUUCUUCGUGAGGUUCAGCAAUUUCGCAAAGAGGUCCGGGACUCUGUGGAGGUGAAGUUUGCAGUCCAAGCUUUUGCAGCCCUCAACAGCAACAACUUUGUCAGAUUCUUCAAGCUGGUGAAAGCAGCAUCUUAUCUAUCUGGCUGCAUUCUCCACAGAUACUUUAACCAAGUAAGGUGUGCUGCACUGAAAGCCUUGAAUGUAGCCUACACUGUGGGUUCUCAGAGGUCUACCACUUUCCCUGUGGAGGACUUGGUCCGAAUGCUUAUGUUUCGCAAUGCUUCUGAAGCCGUUGACUUUUUGCAGCUUUAUGGGCUUACCGUUACUGAUGGUAUGGUUGAGCUGAGCCGUACUGCCUAUCAGGAGCCAGAUCUACCGAUUCCUCUGAAGAGGUCAAUUGCCAUUGAGAAGAAGAAGAUGGUACUGCUUGGGGAGGUUGUGAACGGAGGCCCACUGCCCAACCCGCCACAGCACAUGCCAGUCUGCAGCUUUGACUCAAACAAUAAAUACAGGGGAGAUUUAGCUUCCUUGGAGUCAUUGCCAGCUGCCAUGAAAGUGAAACCCCUGGUUGAACUGGACCCAAGGCCUCAGCUCAAACCCAAAUUGCUGGCUGAGCCAAGGCUGUUUAUGGAGCCCCCUGCAGUGGUGGAGCUGGCCCAGCAUGAAGACACACAGGAGACUGGAGAGUCCUCACAACAUAUUGUACCAGUGCUCCCAGUAAACCCCCAGCUCAUGUUCCAGCCCAUUGCUCAGCCCCUAGCUCAGCCCCUAGCUCAGCCCCAGCCUGUCAGACCCCCAUCUCCAAAGAGAGAACCAGCCUACUCAGACCAGGAUUUAAUGGCCGAAGUGGAGUCUGUGGUGGAGGAGACUCUGGCGGAUGAAGUCUUAAACAUAGCUAAAGCUGGGGCUCAGUAUGUCUCUGCAGCGCUGAGUGUGAGUGAGAGUGAGCUACAGACAAUGGUCAGUGAAGUUGUGGCUCAGAUGCUAAGAGAAGUGUCUACGUUAGAGAUCACUGCUGAGAAGGAGCGAAUCGCUGAGGAGAAACGCAAGCUAGAGGAAGACAGGCGGAGAAAGGAACGAGAGGCCUUACUGGACAAGCUGAGCUCAGAGCUUUGUGCUGAAAUCAGUGAGGAGGUCCUUACCCAGUGCACCAGGGAAAUGGCUGAUGUGGAGAUAAAACUUGCACUGGAGGAGAAGGCUGCACGUGUGACUCAGUGCACAGAGGAGGUGUGUAACAGCUUAGUGGAGGAGACAUUGGAUAUGGAGAUUGUCUGCCUGGCCAGAGAGGUGUUGGAUGCACAAACACGGCAGAUACACAAGUUCAUUAAGAGGUGGCGUGAUGUGGUAGCAGUACGUAGACAGUUGAAGAGGCAGAUGCGUGGAUUCCCUGCAGCUCCAUGUUGUGUUGACCCUCGUUUCAAGCUGAAGGCUUUGGUCCCGAGUGCUCCAUCCUUCCCAUCUAUCGACACACUUGCUCGAGGCCUCAUCAACCUGGGCAAUGCUGGGAACAUGGUCGUGUCCUGCACAAGGUUACUAAAAACAAGGAAUGACACCAUCCGCCAGAUGCGAAAAGACUACUAUUACAGUUUGUUAUUAAGUGAGCGUGUGUGGUCUCCUCUCGACCUGCCCACUCUGGUGGCUGAAAGCACCCCUAAUCCACCUGACAGAAUCUUCUGGAAAGCCACUCUUCUGCUUCCCAGUGACCAGGACAGUAACAUGAGCAGUACACUGACCAAAUGGCUUGAAGUUAAACUAGGUGGUGGAGAGAGGAUGGAGGAGAGCAUGACGGAGUCAGAAGGGAAGCUCAAAACUCUGGUCAUCAGUAACAGCUUGAGAGAUAUUGGACCAAAGACCCACAAAGUUCACCUCUGCAUAAAGGUGAGCCACGGGCCUCUGAGCGAGGAGGGGCAGAGCCACCUGGAGGAACAGAAUGAGCUCCUAGGUACCAGCUCCCUGCUGAUGCUACUGCCCCCUCUGCCCUGCACUGGGCUGGAUGAUGAGGACGUACCUCUGCUCUCUGCCCUCCUCCAGCUGAAGCAGGUUCAGCAGGCCAGUGGCUGGCACGCCGCACUGCCCCUGGCACUGCUCAUACCUGACCAACUUGAAGGAGCAGUUAAUGACCAGAAGUUAGAAGAAGUCCUUAAGCUGAAGACAUUAGUUCAAGAUGGGCUUAUUUCAGAAUACAUCUUUAUCCAUAUCUCAGGGAGCGUCACUGAUCUGCAAGGAUCCAAACAGAUUGCUGAAGCUGUGCGAUGGCUGAUUGCCCACUCUCCAGCCUCUACAGUCCUCUCCUCGCAGCCUCUGCUGCAGUUUGUAGAAGGAGGGCUGUGUCGCGAGUUUCACAGCAGGUUCCUUCAUGACAAGCAGGAGAGGGCACGAGCAGCUCUGCCAUGCCAGGAGCCGGAGGUAGUCAUCCAACUCUAUAACAGUGUGCUGGCCUAUCUGGCAGAUGUGGUCAGCUCUGAGAGGCUUGUUGGAAUCUCCUGGCCCCCACCUGAAUUCUCUUUACCUGAGAACAGAGAGCUGGUACCACAUCUGGAUUGGAAUUCCCCACAGCACCUGGCCUGGCUGAAAAGAGCGAUCUUCAGUCUGCAGAUUCCUGAGUGGGAAUGGCCUCCUCAAAAUGCUCCAUGGCCCCAUUUGUGUACAUCCAUAUUUGAGUACGUGUCCCAGAUCCCCAGCUCUGCCCAAAGCCAGCCCCUCCUCAUGUCACAUCUGGAGCACCUGCUAGCAAGAGUACGCUCUCAACACCUGCAGCGAGGCUAUGAUAGGCCUUCCUUUAAUCACAUACCCUGGGAUGACAUUUUGAUCCUCUGCAUAGAGCAUCGACUGAAAGACUGGCACUUAGCGGAGAGUCCAGUAGCAGCAGAUGCCUUCACUGACAAAGGAGAGAUUUUGGUGUACUAUUACAAAGAGCAGCUUAAAGAUUUUCUUCCUCCGGAGAGUUGGGUAGCAGCAGUGAGACGCACUCAUACAGAGAAACAGCAGAACACAGAAAGGUCAGAUCCGAGCUCCGCACUCCCGCUGACCCCAGCAGCACGGUUUCCCAGACAGAGACUGUUCCAGAGUCAGAUAGAGACAGGGGAUAAGCCUUCUGUUUUGGACAUCUCCCACACUCCUUCACCUCAGGAGCUGCUGCCUCAGCGACUGCUCUCCAGCAUUCAUCAGGAAAAGGCUCAAAGUCAGAGGUUUGAAGAACAGCUGCAGCGUUGGUUAGCGUUGGAUCCUCUGGACUCAGUUUCCAUACCUCUGUUUGUGCCUUCCACACUGCUAUCCAUGCCUGAAAUUCUUGUUCCCAAACAGCGCCACAGUGCAUCUGCUGCCUGCAUCACACAGGAACCCAAAACAGAAGACCCUGUUGAGGUGCCAAACACUUACAGAAGAAAGGGACCUGUGUCUCUAACACAGCAGCUGAAAGAGCUUGAUAGACUGGUAUUAGCAAAUCGAGAGGAGGAGCUGGCAUGCAGUCUCAAGCUAAACAGCCUACUGGAGAUUAUAGAAGACUGAGCAAUGCUGUCCUGCUACUGUUAUAACUGUGUUUCUGCAUGAUUGGUUAAUAUUUGUUGUACAGUAUGUUGAUAACCCGUUGUGACCUUAUAAGGUUCUCUCUGGGGUAAGAAUGAAUGAGGAUCCAUAUAAUACUCUAGUACCUUAUAAUACUAUGGUCACGACAUAUUUGGUAAAUGACAGAUUUUAUCCCUUUUCUUUCAUUUAUAAAUAUGCUGUAUUUUUUGAUUUUUAAACACUGUUACUUUUGUUAAGCUCAAGAAAUCGCUAAUAAAAGAAUCCAUCUAAAA